GGUGCUGAAGAGAGAUACAGAGGCAUGAAGAACUGGCCGGGCUCUCCCGGGAUUGACAGGAGGCUCAAGCACCGCCUCACCGAGUAUCUGAGCAGUAACAAAUGCGGCGGCUAUGUGGAUAUCGGAGUAGUAGCGGCUGAUCUACAGAGGAUAUACAGCGCAGACUAUGGCAGGCGGAAACGGAAUGCCUUCCGAAUACAGGUGGAAAAAGUGUUUAAGGUUAUCAGCAGUGAGAAUGUCAUUGAAGCGCAGGAGGAGGCGCACCUGGCGAAAAGGGCCAAAAGGGGAGAAGAUGGGAAUCUAGAAAUUUUGUCGGACUGUACAGAUAGUGACGACUAUGAAGAUCAGCCUUCCUCCAAUCACAUGAACAAUUCUCUGCUGUCCUUGUACCGCAAAGGGAACCCUGACUCCUUAUUGGAGACUCCUACCAAAAAUGACCCAGACACCAGCACCCCAGCGCACCCGUCUAAGAACGCCAGUGUUGCAGCAACCGGGGUCCCCCAGGGCACUAGGACCCCAGAAGCUGGCUGGUUUAUCGACAAAACUCCCAGUAGAGCAAUGAAGCAAAACAUCCUCAUAGAUCUGUGCGAGGAUUCGGCAGAGGUGUCUCACUCAGGGCAGAAGGAGAACCCCCCAGACCUUUCCCUCUUGGAGAGUGAAAAGAAGAGGAAGACACCGAAGACCAGGAAUGGGCGAAAGUCAAAAAGCAAAUCUUCUGAUGUAGAUGGGGAAAUUGAGGACCGUCUCCUUAACAAUAAAGGUAAACUCCCAGAGCUGCAGCGUUCUUCUGUGAGGUUCGAGGAUAUCGGUGGAAAUGAAGAUACCCUAAAGGAGGUCUGCAAAAUGAUGAUUCACAUGCGUCACCCUGAAGUUUACCAGCACCUGGGUGUGGUGCCCCCGCGGGGGUUCCUUCUGCACGGACCGCCAGGAUGUGGCAAAACCUUGCUGGCUCAGGCAAUUGCUGGGGAGCUGGACUUGCCAAUGCUCAAGGUGGCAGCCACUGAAAUGGUUUCGGGCGUUUCUGGAGAGUCGGAACAGAAGCUUCGGGAGCUCUUCGAGCAAGCGGUGUCCAGCGCCCCCUGCAUCCUGUUCAUAGAUGAGAUUGACGCCAUAACCCCAAAAAGAGAAGUGGCUUCUAAGGAUAUGGAGAGGAGGAUUGUGGCCCAGUUACUGACCUGCAUGGACGAUUUGAACAGCCUCGCUGUAACUGCUCAGGUCCUCGUCAUUGGAGCCACCAACCGGCCCGAUUCACUAGACCCCGCGCUGAGACGCGCUGGGAGGUUCGACCGGGAAAUCUGCCUGGGGAUUCCUGAUGAAGGAGCCAGAAAGAGGAUCCUGCAGACGUUGUGCCGCAAGCUGAAACUCCCAGAACCCUUUGACUACUGCCGUCUGGCUCAUCUGACCCCGGGAUACGUGGGGGCUGACCUGAUGGCGCUGUGCCGGGAAGCCGCAAUGUGCGCAGUGAACAGAGUGCUUAUCCAGCUGAAGGAACAGCAAGCUACCCCGGAGGCCGCUGUGGAAGAGACAGCCCCCCAGCCAGAAGCCUUAGCUUUGCAAGCAGAGAAACAGACAACUGGACCUGCCCAGAGUGAGCUGCACCGCUUGCUGGCCUUGCUACAAGAGCACACUCCAUUACCGGAGGAGGAGCUGCAGAGCCUGUGUAUCGAGAUGGACGAUUUCCUUGGCGCCUUGCCCUCCGUACAGCCAUCUGCUAAGAGAGAAGGCUUUGCCACCGUCCCUGAUGUUACCUGGGCUGAUAUUGGGGCCCUUGAGGAAAUCCGUGAAGAGCUUACCAUGGCCAUUCUGGCGCCGGUGAAGAAUCCAGAACAGUUUAAAGCUCUUGGCCUGAUGGCCCCAGCUGGUGUUUUACUGGCAGGACCCCCAGGGUGUGGCAAAACAUUACUGGCAAAGGCUGUUGCCAACGAAUCCGGACUCAAUUUUAUUUCGGUGAAAGGCCCAGAGCUGCUAAACAUGUACGUUGGGGAGAGUGAACGCGCCGUCCGGCAGGUUUUCCAGAGGGCGUCCAACUCCUCCCCUUGCGUGAUAUUUUUUGAUGAGAUUGAUGCUCUUUGCCCUCGUAGAUCUGGCUAUGAGUUGGGUGCCAGUGUGCGGGUAGUGAACCAGCUACUGACCGAGAUGGAUGGGCUGGAAAGCCGUCGCCAGGUGUUCAUAAUGGCAGCGACAAACCGACCAGAUAUCAUUGACCCAGCCAUCCUGCGGCCGGGACGCCUUGACAAAACCCUGUACGUGGGGCUUCCUCCCCCUGCAGACCGGCUUGCCAUUUUAAAGACCAUCACCAAGGAUGGAACCCGCCCACCCUUGGAAGCGGAUGUAGACCUGGAAGCGAUCGCUGGGGAUGAGUGCUGCGACUGUUUCACGGGUGCGGAUCUCUCGGCCCUCGUGCGGGAAGCGUCAGUAAGUGCCCUGAGGCAAGAGAUGUUGGGGCUGGAGCCGCCCACAAACAGAGGGCAGAUAAAGGUGAGCCGAAGGCAUUUUGAAGAGGCUUUUUCAAAAGUGAAACCCUCCGUAUCCAAGAAGGAUCAGCUGAUGUACGAGAACCUGCGCCAGUCACUCAGCCGAUAGCCGCCGACGCACGAGCCAGAGGACUUUGAAGGGUCAGGGUUUGAAGCCGGCAGCCUUGGGUGCCCUGUACAGUUAACCCUGUCAGUUCCUGUGCAGAGCGUCAUGCAGGGUUAAUGAACAACCAAUGGCAACACAGCGAUCCCAGCAGCAGGGUGCAACUAUACAGUUCUGCUGGGGACAAAACAGGCAGGACCCUAAACCAUGGAACUCGUAUAAAUACAUAUGUGAGGUUAUGCCCCUAGCCCCGGGAGCUUCCAAUCGUACUGUGGCUGGCAGUGACGCCGGGGGUGAUUCUCCUCGUAUGACAUUACCCUUUAUACCUUUAUUAUUGAGGCUUUUGCCAAAACCUCCAGGUCUCCGGGUUUGUUUGAUUUUAUUUGUUUAAUGUGUAUAAAGAGCCCCCCCCCCUCAAGUACAGCAGGGGGGAGUCACAAUUCCCUGUAUAUAUUUAUAUGUAAGGGGCUCAUUCUGUGCGGCCAAUAAACCUCUUUCAUUCUGAA